AUGUCUGUCGGGCCUGCGACGACUCGCCAUGCAGCUGACGAAGAGGCCCGCGCCGAGGUCGACGUCUUGAACUCGCGGCUCGAGAAGACUGCCCAGUUGACCAAGAAGAUCCAGGCAUGCAUGGGAAGGCUGGAGUCCACGGGCAAGAGCGUGCGCGAGGUCACCGGCCCUCUCAGCGGUGAGACGAAGAAGCUUCAAGUCCUAGGAAACAAUAUUGACGCCGUCCUUGCUGCCAUCGAGCGCCUUCGUCAACCCGCUGACAGCAAAAACGAUGAGGAGCAAAUCAUUCGCGCCGGACCCGACAAGAUAGGUCUCUCCAACUAUCUUGCGUCCAUCAAGCGUCUGAGCAAGUCUCUUGUCGACAUGCAGGCCUCCAAUCUACGCGCGAACCAGAAUACCAUGUCCGAGCUGGUGCGUUUGAUCAAGUCAGGCAACUCACAACUCGAGAGCCACUUCGACAAGCUACUGCGAGGCGAAACGCCCCGUUCGGUGGAACCACUUCACUACAUCACCAAGGACGUGCCUUUCCCCGUUCUGUCCCAAGACAAAGUCACGCGUCUCGGGCUGGUCAACUCCUACAUCUCCAACAACCAUCGCCAGAAUGGCGGUGCUGCUGCUCCUCAGGAGUCUUCUACCGCCAAGAUAUACGCCGAGAUCCGUGGGCCUUACCUCUCGUCUACCCUGGUCAAUCUGGCCGCUGCCAGCGUCAACAUGACCAAGAAGAAGAAUGCCGACGCCAUCUAUAGGGCAGGCACCAACGGCAUCGGCACAUAUGCUCAGGCCAUGGAGGGCUUAUUUCUGGCCGAGUACGACAAUAUCUGCAGUAUAUUCACUCGCGAAGAUUGGGGUCCUUUAUUUCAAACCACUUGCCAGUCCGCCAUGGCUGAGCUCGCCCGCACGUUACGGGAGCUCAACAGCCACAUCAAGUCUCAUCUCCAUACAGACUGCUAUCUUGCCUACGAAAUCACUGAAAUUAUGUCGGGCCUGUCGAGUAACUUGGAGACCCGUACCGGUGAACUCAAGUCAUCACUAGCCGCAGCCCUUCGUCCUGUCCGAGAGACGGCCAAGCUCUCACUGGGAGAGUUACUGGAAGACACAAGACGCAGAGUCAACAGUAUGCAGACCCUGCCUCAAGAUGGUGCGCCGAUAGCCAUCGUGUCGGAAACAAUGCAGCGUCUUCAGACUAUGGUUGAGUUCUUGCGGCCUAUUUCGAGUAUCAUGUUUUCCCUGGGCGACGGAGGAUGGAAGUCCACCAGCUCUGCUGGGGCGUCCACGGAUGCAAUUCCAAGCCUUGCCUCAUUCGAUAUAGGCGCCGACGGCAAAGAGAUUUUCGCGCACUAUUGUGCGGACACGGUAGACAUGUUGCUCUCCUCACUGGAUCAGAAGGCCAAGAUGGUUCUCAAAGGAAGAGGUGUGAUCGGCGUGUUUCUCGCCAACAGCGUCGUCAUUGUCGAGCGCAUGAUUCGCGACUCGGACUUGGCUCCCCUCCUCGAGCAGAGGAUGGGCAUGCUGGACCAGUGGCGCAAAAAGGCAACCUCCAUGUAUACGAUAGACUGCAAGGAGGUUUCCGCUCACUUAUUCGACGUUAUUCACACGAGCAAGCAGCGGCCGACCUCUGGCCAGGCCGACUCAGCCUCCAUUCUCAAGGGUCUCAGUAGCAGAGAUAAGGAUAACAUCAAGGGUAAAUUUCAGGCGUUCAAUGCCUCAUUCGACGAAAUGGUCACCCGCCACAAGACGUACAACAUGGAGAGAGAAGUGCGGCAGAUGUUCGCUCGGGAUAUCCAGCAGAUGCUGGAGCCCCUGUACAACCGAUUUUGGGACCGAUAUCACGAGGUUGACAAGGGCAAAGGCAAGCAUGUCAAGUACGACAAGGCCGGGAUAGCUGCUGUAUUCAUGACGCUGUACUGA